CCUUCCUCCACAACCCUGAUAUCGCUCUGGGCAUUGCGGUCAAAACACUCAUGGACGAGCUUCCCGCUGGUGACGUCGAGAAGCAACAGAGUGUAAUGCAGGACUUCCCCAUAAGGUUCUUCCCUUACGCUACCAACUUCAAGGAGGACAUUCAACUUGCGUUUGCCUUUUUCGAUGCCAUCCACAAGGGCGUACAGACGCUCAACAAGGAGGUUUCGGCGGCUGACAAGGCUGUAUGGUCAACAGCGAGCAAGUACCUGGACCAGAGGCGGUUUUAGG